AUAAAUCUACAUCUGUCUUUCCAACGAUAAUAACUACCUUGGACAAUAUGAGGAGUUUACUGUUACUUUGUUUGACUGUUCCAGUAGUGUCCGGCUUUGUACUGGAUACUUUUGGACUGAGUACAAAGGUCAACACCGUAUCAGAACUAGAUGUAGCUAAAUAUCUAGGAAGAUGGUAUCAGAUGUAUGCUAGUCAGUCUGUUUAUGCCACAUUCGAACGAGGGGCCCAAUGUGUUACUGCUGACUACUCAGUACAGCCAGGAGUUACCAACAACAUCACAGUACUAAACUCAGAAACAGUAGACAGUCCUACCUCACCACUUAAAGUAACUCACGGGUAUGCUCUGCCAUCGGACAAACCCGGUCAACUGACCGUCGUUCUAGAAACUGCUCCUUUACCAGCUCCAUACUGGGUUUUAAAGUUGGGACCAAAAACAUUUGGCACUGAUGGUCAAUACCAAUAUUCCAUUGUCAGUGAUUUCGUAAAAGCAACCUUAUUUGUGCUGUCACGUGAUACAACGACAUUUAAAACAUACGAACCGGAAAUCCUUCAAUUCCUGAAAGAGCAAGGAUUUACAUCCAUCAUAAACAAACCAGUAAAAACCUACCACGGAUCAGAUUGUCAUUACAAUCCUAAACACCAGUAAAAACUGACCACGGAUCAGACUUCCAUUGCAAUCCUAAACUCCAGUUAUCAUCACUAUCAUAUAUAUUUUCUAUUUUGUUAAAUCUAUUAAAAAAUAUUUCUUGCUA